AAAAAAGUUUCUCUCUCUUUCUCUCAACUUCCACACACUCUCUCUCUACGUAAUGUUUUCUUAAUUAGCUCUGACGUAGAAAAAGAGGAGACGGGAUCAGCAGAGCUGCAGUGCGUCAGAGAGCGCGAAGAAAAACAGAAGGAACGAAAAGAGAAGAAAAUAAAAGAGAAGAGAAAGAGGAGAGAUAGAGAGAGAGAGAGAGAGAGAGAAUAUAUGGUGGUUGUAGUGCGAGGAUUCCAAAGGUCUCUAACAUCUCCCUCCACCAUGGUCGACGACACCUCCAACGCAUUAAAAUCCCCACGUUUGGAUGGAGCGAAACUCGACCUUUCCUGGGGUUGUUGAGGAGUCCUUUUGGAAUUCCAAGGCCGUAGAUAGUUCUCAGAUUCCCUGAUUAACCUCCUAGAAAAAGGAAUUCGGCAUAUAUCUGCCGACCGUAUGAUGGGAAAGAGAGCGCGCAGACGAUCUCCGCGGUCAGAAAGGUACAAUUUGGGCUGUGUGUGGAGCCUAAUUCGGAUUUUCAACUUCCGCCGGGGCCGGAAGUUAAUUUCAGAUCGGAAGCAUGGGAGUAGUAAACAUGAUGUCUCUGGACAUGCAAGAAGUAAGCUCAACAAUGUUGAAGAAAUACCUGAUCAUGUUGACGGUACAGAGGAAACCGAAUUUGGAAGGGGUUAUUCGGGUAAGCCAAGUGUAAAAGCACUUAUGGAGGAAGAGAUGGCCAGCACACAGUCCUUGAAGAAAAUUCCAAGGGAUGAAGUUGAAAGAAUAUUAUCCGACUUGGGACAUGAGAUUGUUCUGGAGAAAAACGAAAAACAAUCAAGAAAGAAAAAUAAAGCAAUUUCAGAUCUUCAUGUUAAUGACCUCAAGCGCCGUGGAAGCGUAGGCUCAAAUGUCCCUAAGUGCGUUGAUCAUGGAUCUGAUUUUAGCUUUGAAUUGGCACCAAAUCAGGUAGAAAUCUAUAAAGAUCAAAGUGACUACCAAAAUGUUGAUUUUGAGAAUAACAUUGAAGCAUAUCUUGCCUUGAAUUCGAAACUUGAUAGGAAGCAUAGUGAUGUUAUUAAGGACUCUUAUCUGCAAAAGGCACUAGAUAAUUUGGCUGACUUAGUUAUUAGCCAUAGAAUUAUUGACCAGAAGCAUCUCAAUGGGAGCACGGCGGAUCAAACCACUGCAUUGGAUACAUUAGAGAUACUGAGCUCAAACAAGGAAUUGUAUCUGAGGCUUCUUCAAGAUCCAAAUUUGAAUGCAUUUGAACAUUUACAAGGUCUCCAUUCUAUUCAAGGAGAUUCCAUUGGGUCAGUAGAAGAUAUUGGCAGUUCGGAGCGGUUCGAGGAGUAUUCCACUGAUGAAGCAUUCAAUAAACAGAUUAGACAUAAUCUUUUCUGGAAAAGUGACAAAUUGAAGACAAGAACACCAUCCCAAGGAGGUGAUAGUUCUCAGGCUAUUAGUAGAAUAGUUGUUCUGAAGCCCAAUAUUUCGAGAGAGAAAGAUAAUUUAGUCACGAAAAAUUCGACCUUUUCACCUCAAUCAAGAUUUCAAGCAGCAGACUACAAUGAGAAAUUUGUUUCAAACUUUUCCCUUCGAGAAAUCAAAAGGAGGUUGAGAAAUUCCCUUGGCAUGAAUAAAAGGGAGCAGCAUUCAAUCUCCAUAGAUGGUGUAGUGCAUAAAAUGUCUUAUGGAUAUAAGGAUUCUGUUAACUCAGGUAAACAGUUUCCAAGGGAGAGUUCAAUAAAAGGCUUGGCAAGUAAAGCUUCUGCAGGAACUGAAGGUGCUUCUAAAGCAUCUGCUGUUGACGAGUACUCGAAGCCAAAAAAUUGCCAACUCAACAUUAAAAGUGGCAUUGCUCUAUCCAAUGGUGGAUCUUUAUUCUAUGAGGAGGCCAAGAAGCAUCUGGUAGAGAUGAUAGGAAAUCAAAACCAAUACAGUAGUUUGCCAAUUCGAAGGAUCUCAAAAUCUUUGGCAACAUUACUUUAUCUGGCAGAUUGUGGUUUAUUGUCUCCUAGACGGAACAAUGGAAAAGAGGAGCCUCAUCUUUCGCCUAAAGACACAAGAUUAUCUACUAAACAAGAAGAUGAUGUCCAGAUGUUGGACGCGUCGAGGCAAGAGGUGGAGAAUAUUGCAUGCGAAGUUUGCAUUGCCGCUGAUGAACAAGUAAUUGAAGCAAAGGGAGAACUUGCCUUUACACCUAGUCAGGAGGAGAAUUACAGUGAAAAGGAAAUAAAGGCUGAAGGAGGUAGAGCAAUUGUAGACGUAGAGGAUAUCAACGUGUGUAGCAAUUCAGAUGUAUCCUCAGAAUCAGUUGUUAGUGAACAUGAUAUUUCAACUGAAAGUUUUGGUGAGGGAGGCUCAGAACAGAGUCAAUUGGAGAAACCAGAAUUGGUCGACCCAUCUGUAUCAAAUUUUCCAAACUCUCCUGAGAGAAUCAUGGAAAAGCCGGAGAUCUCGAGUUCAUCAACUAUUCCUGAAAUAUUCAACUCAUCUGAACCAAUAUUUCCUCUCUCUUUUAAGAAAAACAACGACACACCAGAGGAAAUCUCAGAAGAAAGAACCACUCAAACCACACACCUACUAACUGAUUUGCCCAUACAACAAUCCGAAAUUCCAUUCAAAGAGCAUCACAUCUCUUUGGUCCCUCUACGAACUUUGGAGGAUGAGAAAGCCAGGUUUGAGUACAUAGCUACAGUGGUCGAAGCAUCCGGAUUAAGCACUGGAGAAAGUUUAGAGAGCUGGUACAUGGAUAAUCAGUUACUUGACCCUUACUUGUUUGAUGAAGUUGGGGCCUUAUAUAAUUUCAAUGACGAGUCUCUUCUUCUCUUUGAUUGCAUUGGUGAAGUUAUACUUGAAAUGCGAGAGAAAAUUUUCCAACUAACCCCUUCAGUAUCUUUUGUCAAGCACAAAGAUCCAGCUUCAAGAGGAGUAAACAUCAUUUUCGAAGUGAGCAAAUGUGUUGAGUGGUAUUUCCAGAAUCAAAGUCCAGUCACAUUAGAUCAGAUAGUAAGAAAGGACAUGGCAGGUAAAAGUUGGAUUGACCAUCGACCUGAGAGCGAAAGCAUUAUUAGCGAGUCACAGGAUGCUAUUCUAGAUGAUCUAUUGGAAGAAAUUGUGUUUGAUUUGUGGCUUUAGAGAAUUAAAAAAAAAAAAUCUGAGUUAACAAAUGGCACCCUUGCGUUACUAAUGGUUGGAGAUAAUGAAUAAAAUGAAAGCUAAUGUGAUGUGAAUAAAGUUUUCUUUUCAAAUGCAAACUUGUUUCGGUGUUUUUGGUAGGAUUAUUAGGGCUUUGAUUUGCUUGUAUAUUUUCUUCUUGAUUGUGUAGUUAGAAGUACCAUGCCUAAUGACUGAAGGCUUGCAUUUCACGUUGUUUUACGGACGUUUAUCUUGUGCAAGUUGAAGUGAAAAAGAGUUCAGAGUUGGUUUGCUUUCACGCAGUUUAGUCUAUCUCAAAUGUCUUUUCUUUUUUUUUUUUCUCAUGCAUGUAUCAGUUAUUUAUGAUGGCCAGAAAAACUAUCGCAUUGCGGCACCAGCUUACUCUACUGUUUGAUUCUCUUCUCUUUUUUCUGUUCGUGUAAAAGUUGUAAAAGAGGUUAUUAACAUGUAAAUUGUUUUACCUUCUUGCACUUCUCAAUCUGUAUAUUUACAGUAGAAUGUAUAAGAUGAGAUGCUUCUGUUUCUA